UAACUGAAGAGGCUGGUCAUGCUUUAUUUUAUGGCGGACGGUCUCGAUAAUAGCUAGUAGGAGAUCGUGUUUGUACUUUGUGCAAAAAUGAUUUUUUCAAGUACCUGAUGCAACAGUUUCACCUCUCAAGAUGCUUUUGAAUAAUAUACGAGCUGUUACAAAGACAAUAUGCUUAUGUAAAAUGUUGCAAAAUGUCAGGGCCGAGAGAGUAGUUCACCAAAUUUUACGACCAAGCAUCUCUGCUUUGAUAUUGGCCGGUAUGAGGAGGCAUACAACGGCUGCGAAAGAACAACCACCAACAAAUUCAUCUACAGAUGUUAAGAAUGGAGAUAAAACGGAAGAAAAUGUCGAUUGGCUCAUGGUAUCUGAAAUGGAGAAGUAUGAGCUUGGAAAGAGAUGGCUUGCAACUAUGAUGGGAGAAGAUGUAUCAUCAUUCACGGAUGAAAAAAUUUCUGAGGCUAUCAAGUACCUUCUUCCAAGUCAUUUGUUUGCGGAGGAUGCCAGGCCCUCAAUGAAGAAUCCUCAAGAUAUUUUUGGCAAAAGGAAAGAAUUACGAGUUGAUGCUGGUGGACGCCCUUUUCAUUCCGCAUUUUAUACAGGCCAGGAAGCAUACCAUGAACUUAUAUACAAUAUCUGGAAGAACUUGGAAAGUCUAGAAAAAAUGCCAAACAGUCCUCAAACAAUCACAGAGCAAGAUGAGCCGUUGUCUUUCUUCGAUAAGCCUCUGUUGGUACGUUGGUUGAAGCACCAUGAAAUGGAAGAUCUCUUGCAUUGCAAGCUUGCUGAUAAUCAGUAUGAUUUAAUUUUACGAAGACUUUCUCGCAUUGCGAAGCACCCAAACGGAGAGGCAAUGCAGGAUUUUUUAUCAAAAUAUCAAGUACAAUUGAGUGAAGGAGGGAAGAAAAUCGAAGUAGCGCAGAUAGACGAAAAUGGGGUCGUCACAACUAUGGGGUACAGGAAAUGUGCAAUAGCUGAAGUCAAGUUAAAAGAAGGAAGUGGAAAAGUUAUGAUCAACAACAUGCCGAUGACGAAAUUCUUUCAUACCUUUGAUCACAGAAAACAGGUGCUUUUUCCCUUAAUGGUGACUGGUCAACUGGGAAAAUUUGACGUUGACGCAGGAGUGAUUGGCGGUGGCCCAACAGGCCAAGCUGGCGCCAUUCGCUUUGGAAUCAGCCAAGCCCUUCUUAGUUUCUCAGAAUCGUUUUUUCAACCGCUGGAUAACGCUGGCUUGCUGCUAAGAGAUAGAAGAAAAGUUGAGAGAAAAAAGCCAGGCCAGAAGAAAGCUCGUAAAAAGUUUGCAUGGGUCAAACGGUAGCAACUUGGUAAUUGUUUGAACUCUGAAAGCUCUGAAAUGGAGGAAUUAAUUGGAUGAAGUUGUGUAUUGCUCACACGAAUUCGUAAUGGCGAAUUGUAUAUUGAAAAUGUGUGAAGUGACAAUUUUCAAACAUCUCAAAAGCACGAAAUCCUGAGCUCAUGUGAAUCGCCUUUGUUUUGUACAAUGUUUUUUUGAAAUGAAUGCUUAUCAAAGAUAAGAUUCCAUUGAUCAAGAGUUGAA